GCCUCCUCUGUUCUCUCCUGCAGGAGUAAAGGCAACGAACGUGGCCUUAGGAAAGCCAGCCUACCAGUCCUCCAUCCACCCCCAUGAGCUCCAUGGGUCACCAGGCAGAGCCGUGGAUGGGGACUGCAAUGGGAACUGGAGCCACGGCUCCUGCAUCCGCACCAAGCAUGAAGCACAACCAUGGUGGUAUGUAGACCUGGGACACUCCUAUAACAUCUCCACGGUGGUGGUGAAAAACGUCGAGGAGUGCUGUGGAGAAAACAUCUAUCACCUUGAGGUCCACGUGGGAGACGCUCUGGAAAACCACGGGAGAUCCAAUGCUCUCUGUGGGAUUAUCCUGGACACCCGCCUGGGCUCCAUCACUACCAUCUACUGCAAGGGGCAGGAAGGCCGCUACGUCAGUGUGCACCUACCUGGAGUUAACACCUUGGCCUUUUGCGAAGUGGAGGUCUAUGGCACUCAGUAGGGAAGCCACGUCCUGUUCUGGGGACGAUGGACACCUGCAAAUCCCAAAAAAACCCCAAAAACUUUAACCUUAGACUGUCUACCAUUGACCUCA